GCCAUGGCCGCCGCCUUGGCUGGGCUCACGUUGCCCGCUGUCGUGGAGGAGCUCCUGAGUGAGAUGGCCGCGGCUGUGCAGGAGAACGCGCGAAUUCCUGAUGAGCAUUUAUCAUUGCUGAAGUUCAUCUUUGGCCCGUCAGCCAUUCAGGCCUUGGACCUUGUUGAUCGACAGUCCAUCACCUUAAUCUCAUCGCCCAGUGGGAGGCGUGUUUACCAGGUACUUGGAAGUUCUGGUAAAACGUACACAUGUUUGGCUUCUUGUCAUUACUGUUCAUGUCCUGCGUUUGCCUUCUCCGUGCUGCGGAAGAGUGACAGCCUGCUGGUGAGGAUGGGGAAGGCUCUUCCCACUGCAGUCGAAUUAGGAGGGAAAUUCUUGGCCCCCUUAGCAUGGUUUGAGUUGUACAAAUGCAAGCAUCUCUUGGCAGUUUAUCUUAGCCAGGUGACAGGGACCUGCCGACAGCUGAAGGUCUCUGACAAGCAACUGACAGACGUAUUAUUCGCAGAGAAGAAACAAAAAGCAUAAAAGGUAUAGAUUAAGCAUCAUUAUCUUUCAAAAUAGAAGUCCCACCAGGAAACACGUGGUUCAUGUGGAAGAGAGGUGAAAUAAUCUUCUGGAGACUUCUUGUUACUGUCCCUCUUCCCUCCUGGACAAGAGACUGUGAGUUGCAACCCAGGAUGUGUGUAUGGUUUGAAGUUCUAUACAGUUCUUGUGGAAAAUCAGAACCCGCCUGUGAGGCCCUUGGAUAAAUUUCUGAGGUGGAAUCAAGCAUUUUAGACUCAAACAAACCCUAAUCUCUAUCACACCCUGUCUGCAAUUAGAUUAAGUUACUGAAGUACUUAGUAAUUUUUAAGAGGUUGGAAUGGUAGAUGAAACUGGUAAGAAAAAGUUUAGAUGAGUUAAGUGUUACUUCUUUUCUUUGGGUCCAGGGAAUCACUCUGCAGCAACAAAAGAGCAGAGCAGAGCUAUGGCUAAGCAGCAGCAACUAUAAAAACACUCCGGGGUUUUAGUUUCACUGAGCUUUAGCUUCCGGUGGUGUUGCCAAAAAAGCUUACAUAAGCUGUAUUGUUAGAAAGGUGUAUCUGAAGCAAGGAAAGGGCUGGUUUUGCUCUGCGUGCGUUUCUGAGCUUUAUAAGAAGCCAAAUGAAGGAAGAGACAAAGUCAUGCCCUGAAGGAAGUAGAGAAACCACCAAGGAUUUCCAGUCUGAACAAGAAAACGGAAAAGAGACUCCAAGAGGAGAGUUUUAGAAGGGAGGGAGAUGGGACUCGUCUGGACCCCGAGAGAGUGAGGGGUAAGGACAGAUGGCAGUGAAGAUGAGGCCACCUCAGCCCAGAAGAACUUCCUAAGGAAAGCCAUUCAUGGCCAGAACGGGAGCCUGGAAGGCCAGGCAUGCUGUCUGCGGGGCUUGCACACCUGCAGCUUCCUUGUGCAGAUAUUACAGCAGUGAACACACAGAGGGGAGAGAUUUUACGGCCCAGGAAACACGAGGUGCAGGUGCUGGAGAGCCAUGUGACCGGCUCACAGGUGGUGCAGCGUUCUCUGGUGGCCAGAGCCUUGGGUUCCGUGGAGGCGCAGCACACAAAAGCUGUCAGGACUUUCCUACUUGGGAAGCUUGGGCUGGGUAUAAACUUCUCCCUUUAAGCAGUCUUCAGAACAAAGAAUAGAAGGUAGAUUCAGCACCCUGAGCUUGUUUUUUAAGUUUUAUUUUUAUUUCAUGUCAUACACAUACACAGUUCUAGGAUUUUACUUAUUAAAAUUUUCACACUUGGGCUCCAGCAACUUGGCCAAACGUCAGCUUGGUAGAGAACUGAAAAUCACCGCCUAACUCUAGAAGGGGAAGACGCAGUCUGGAAGAGGAGGGAUCGAUCCCGUUUCUCCAGUUUCUUCCUCUAGGGUAUGGCUUUGCAGUAUGCGGAGAAGAAUGUUAGGAAAAUUGUUAUCUGAUACUCUACUUCAGAACUUAUUAGAGUGUCAUUUCCCCAAAUAAAUACAGCAGUUUCUUGACUGAAGAAUUAAACUUUUAAUUUUCCUGGUCACCUUCCUAGGAAUAAGUAUGUAUUUUUAGUAUGUCCAACUUUUGUUUUUCCAUUGCUUCUAAAUUAAAAAAUAUUUGUAUUACAAUA